UCACAAACGUCUUGUUGACGAUUUCAAGAACUUCAUCUACCAGACCGGUGCACUUGUCAACUGUGCUGCUUACGUAGCCCAAGGUCACAACAUAGCUCCUUGCAAAAUGCUCGGUUGCAACGUGAGCAUCGGAAGUGAGCAACGUCGAAGGACAAUAAAUGUAACUCGUCUUGCCGGAAGAGUCUCUUAAGUUUGCUCUGACGUAAGCAAGCCUUCGCCGAAGGUGGCAAGCAAUGGCGAUCAAAGUCCAUGGACGGCAAAUUUCUCCCUACGUCAGAGUCGUGCUGUUGGUCUUGUACGAAAAGGGCGUGGACUUUGAGCUUGUAUCGAGCGAUCAGCACUCCGAUGAGUAUAUGGCGAUGCUCAAUCCUUUUGGAAAGCAUCCGGCUGUUGAAGAUGACGGCUUUCUUCUGUACGAAAGUAGAGCAAUAGUCAGAUAUUUUGCAACGAAGUACGAAAGCCGGGAACCGAAUCUGCUUGGAUCAACUCCUCAUGAGAGGGCACUGGUCGAUCAGUGGACUGAAGUGCAAGGACAGAUUUUCCAUCACCCAAUUUUGAAAAUCAACUCAGAGUUAUACCUCGGGCCAACAUUUUACAAGAAAAAUACGGACUUAGCCGUGGUGAAACAAAAUUGCGCGAAGUUAGAAUUGAUAUUAGACAUCUAUGAUGCUCGCCUGGCUAAGAAUCAGUAUUUGGCGGGGAAUUUUUACUCCAUGGCAGAUUUGAUCCAUAUUCCCAUGCUGUACAUUUUACUGACCCACACCGACCAGGGGAGUUUGAUUACCAGGCGAAAGCAUGUAUAUGCUUGGUACAGAGAUAUUUCUUGUAGACCAGCAUGGAGGAAGAUUUUGGAAACGCAGAUAUGAUCCAUAUUCCUAUGCCGUACAUUUUACCGACCAACACCCAGCAGUGGAGUUUGAUUAUCAGCCGGAGACAUGUCUGGGCUUGGUGUAGCGAUAUUCAUCGUAGACCAGCACGGAGGAAAUUUCUGAAAACGCAUAACGUCGAUGAGUCUUGUUGGUUCAGAUUCCUCAUGGUGACGCUUUUAGGUCCCAGCCGUAUGUUGCCCGUUUAGUUUCAUCUCCGCAUGACUUGACAGGUCUUCCCAUCCUUUUUGCUAUAUUACUGGAUUUCCAUUAAGGAUAUGCGCGCUAGUCUAAGCAUCAAACCGGUCAGAAGGUUCUGUAAUCAGGAGCUACUCUGUAAUUCAUAGAAGGUGGGGAUGAAUGUCCUCGACUGAAUUUUUAUAAUAAACUAAAUGUUCUGACGCCC